AUGGAUACAUCUUCAGAUGAUGAAUCACCGCCAAGAAAGGUACGCUCACUCAUAGAUAUUUAUGAAUCUACUAAUAUGGCAUUUUUGGCAUGUGAGCCUCAAAAUUUUGAAGAAGCAAUAAAAGAAGAUAUUUGGAUUAAAGCAAUGGCUGAAGAAAUUGUAACAAUUGAAAAGCAUGAUACGUGGGAAUGGGUGGAUCCACCUGAAGGCAAAGAUAUUAUUGGACUCAAAUGGAUCUACAAAACCAAGUACAAAGAAGAUGGAACAAUUCAGAAGUACAAAGCACGGCUAGUCACCAAAGGCUAUUCGCAACAGCCAGGAAUCGACUUCAACGAGACAUUUGCACCAGUUGCUCGAAUGGAAACUAUUAGAACAGUUCUCACAUUAGCUGCUCAAAUGGAGGUACUAGUCUAUCAAUUGGAUGUCAAAUCCGCCUUCCUUAAUAGAGAACUCAAAGAGGAAGUAUAA